AGCAAGGUAAAAGGUUUCCAACCACACAAAUUAACUAAUUAUGGGCUCCUCCAGAAAAAGACAAACCUCCACCUCCUCUUCCUCAGACUCCUCCUCAUCCUCCUCAGACAGCCCUGCUCCUGCCAGAUCCAAACAAAAACGAGAGAGCUCACCCCCAGCGCGUAAUAACCGCCAACAACAGCGUAACAACCGCCAACAACAACAACAACAAUCCAGUCCUCGACGUCAGAGUUUCAACAGUAGUCUCAAUAAUAGUCAGAACAAUAACAGUCCCCAACCUAGGAAUACUUCAAUGAAUACACCCUCAAAGUAUGUAGGAGGGGACAGAGCCGGACUAGAAGGUUAUCUUAUAGAGCGGAAACGAAGGAAGGAGGAGAGGGAGAUGGAGACAGAAGAUCGGGAGAAGAGUGAUAAGAAGAAGAAGGAUAAGAAGGAUAAGGAUAGGAAAAUGAAACCUGAUAAAAACGCAGACAAGGGUGAAGAUGGAGAGGGGCAAAAGAAGGACCUAUCAGCACCAAACUACGAGAAAUCUGGUAAACUAGCCGAGGAAAGGAACACUUACAAAGGAAUUGUUAUAAAGUAUGCAGAACCCCAAGAAGCUAGGAUUCCUAAAACGAAGUGGAGAUUGUACCCUUUCAAGGGAGCUGAGACGUUGCCAACCAUGUAUAUUCAUCGCAACAGUGGCUAUCUGAUAGGAAGGGAACGGAAGAUUGUAGAUAUCCCUGCAGAUCACCCAUCCUGUUCAUCUCAGCAUGCAGUUAUACAAUUCAGGUUAGUAGACCAUAUUAGACAGGACGGCUCACAGACACAGAAAGUUAAACCAUAUCUAAUGGACCUGGAAAGUACCAACGGUAGCUUCCUCAACAACGUCAAGAUCGAGGCACGGAGGUACUACGAACUAAAAGAACGAGAUAUCGUCAAAUUCGGGUUCAGCACGCGCGAGUACGUUAUACUACACGACAAAACGGACGGGGUGAUGGACACAGAAAGUUGAAUCUGCAGCCGUUUUGAGGAUAUAAAUGAGAAAAAAUCAGUGGAAAGUUGACGUUUGAGGAGCCCUGAUUUUAGUCGAAAACCUACAUUU